UUUUUUUGCAAUUUAAUAUUGUAUAAAUAUUAUUAUACAAAUUAGAUAUAUUUAAUAUUAAGUUAAUAGUGAAACAAUUAGCUAAUCUUUAAUUCUAAUAAUCUAAAUAUUUGAAAAAAAUUUUAUCAACAUGACAUCAUUUUUAACUGAUGUAUUAGUUACAGCAGGAAAAUUAGAAAAAAUUAAUUUACAUGAAAAGAUAUCAGAAAUACAGAAAGAAAUAACAAAAUUAAAAUAUGAUGUCAAAGAUUUCAUGGAUGAUAAUUAUGUUGAAUUUACAUCAAAACUUACAAGAGAUCAACAUUUGGUAUUAAAAGGAGAAAAAUUAUUUGAGGAAAUGAAUGCAUUGCAAAAGAGAAUAGAUGAUCAUGUCAAAAUAGAAUUAUCUGGUUCCACAAAAGAAUUAAAAACUCUUUCUCAAGCAUUAAAAGAAUCAAAUAUUAUGUUACAACUUUCUAAUCAACUUUUAAAUUUACAUGAAUGUAUUAAAUCUAUUAAAAAUUAUCAAGAAGAAAAACUAUAUGUGAAAGUAGCUAAAACAUUAUGUCAUAUGCAAACUAUUUUGUACAAUUCACAAACUGAUUUACGUGAUCUUGAUAUUUAUACAGCAAUUGAAGAAGAAUAUUUAAAUCUUUAUACAUCUUUUUUAUCUGAUACAUCGUCAUUAUUACAUGAACGAAUUUGUUGGACAGGUAUUGAUGAUCAAAAUGCAAAAGCUGUUUCAUUAAGUAUAAAAAAUGAAUUCGAUGAUAUACAAGAUUUAAUUCAAAGUUUGCAUCAUAUUGAUAAUCUCUCAAAUCAUUUGCAUAAAUUUUCAAUAACACUUAUGGAUUAUAUAAUUAAUCCAAUUAUUAAUGACGAUUGUUCUGUAUAUGUAAUUGAUGAAAAAGUUUUCACAGUUGAAAUAUUUAAAAAAAAGAAAUCAUGUGGUUAUAAAAGUGUGCUAUAUAAUUUGGAAUUAUUGUUUAAGUUUCUUCAUCAGCAUUUUCAAUUUACAAUUUAUGAUGAUGAAACAUUCCUGAAAGGAAUACAACCUCAUUUGCUUGAACAAUUGUCAAUAUCGUUAAAGAAUGAUUGUAUUUCACGAAUUACACCAACAUCAAGCGCCGAUUUAAAAAAUUUCACACCUAUUGUCCAAGCAAUCAAUGAUUUUCAAUACUUCUUGGUUAAAAUUGGCUUUAUUACAAAUGAUCAACUUUUUUUAUCAGAAUAUACAAAGGAUAUUGAUAAACUGUUUAUAAAAAAAAUUUGUCAAGAUUUAUUAGCAAAAGCACGAAAUAUUAUGAAGAAAGAUUUACAUGAUUCUAUUAUAUAUGAACCACAGGAACCAUUUGAAUUUUUAGAAGAUACAGAUGAUUACAAUGAAAUAAAAGUUAAUAAAAAAAUUAAUGACAAUACUUUUCAGCUUCCAAAAUGCCAAAUAAGUAAAAAUGCAAAAGAAAUACUAGAUCUUGCAAGAAAUAUCUUGGACGAAGCUUGUUGUAGUUCGGAUACGUGUGCGAUACAAUUAUUUUAUACGUGUAGAAACUUUUUUGAAAUGUAUGCAGGAUUGGUACCAGAACAUCAUCGAAAAUUUUUAGAAACGAUACCGCAACAAGUUGCUAUGUUUCAUAACAAUUGUAUGUAUCUUGCACAUCAUCUUCUCACAUUAGGAUUCGAAUAUAAAGAUAAAUUACCGAAAUCCUUGCAAAACCUUAAUUUAACUUUCGCGGAUCAAGUAUUAGUAUUAAGAGAUGUUGGAUCAUCAUGUUUUUUAGAACAUAUGAAAUACCAACGAAAUAUUAUUUUUGAUAUUCUUAAAGAAUCUGGUUUAUCUGCAUUGGGUCAAACUUCUGAAUUGCAUCCUAAUACUGAACGUGCAAUGAGACAAUGUAAUAGGCAAUUAGAAUUACUGAAAACUGUUUGGCUAGAUGUAUUACCUGAGAAUAUUUAUUGUAGAGCUGUAGGAUGCAUUAUGAAUUCAAUGAUUGAAGAUUUAAUAAUCAGAGUACUAUCUGUUGAAGACAUUCCAGCUGAUGUUGCAACUGAAUUAGUAACAUUAUUUAAUUUAAUUGUUAAGCGUGCACCACAAAUAUUUCCGGAUCAUCAAAAGAUUUAUCAAUAUGUUAAAAAAUGGGAAAAAUUUUUAGAAUUAAUUCAAAUAUUAGGUGCAUCACUCAAAGAAAUCGAAGUUAGAUGGGAUAGCGGUAAAGGACCACUAGCACAAGAAUUUACAGCAUCCCAAGUCAAACAAUUAAUUAGAGCAUUGUUUCAAAAUACUGAACGCAGAUCGAAUUUAUUAGUUAAUAUAAAAUAAUAUUAAAUUCAAAAAUGUAUAUAUGAAAUAAAUGAUUUGCAUUUA